AACCGUCAGGGCGACCCCAGUGACCGCAAGGCAGAGCUGCGCCUGGCUUCGAUACGUUUACAACCCUGUGCUCCGGGGAACGAAGCUCAAACUCUGCUCCAAGAAAGAAAGAAAAAAAAACGGGGUGCGGACCCUAGAGGUUCCCGUGUGGGUGCAAAGAUGGGUGCCGGUGCACUAUCCGUGCCUCGGUGUCCUUGGGUCUUCUGAGGUUGAUAAGGUUCCCUUUCGAUGCGAUAACACCACCGGGAGCGGCGGCAGCGGCAGCAGGAGCGACGGAAGGGAAGCGUGCUGUGAUUUGUGCGAGAGAUAUCGCUUCUUCUGGGCUGUUCCUCCCGUAGCCGAGGACAGCCUGAAGGUUCGGCGAGGACUACCAGGGCUUUUGUGUUCCGGAAGUGCAACAAAUCCUUUGCAGUUUUUGGUCACGGCCUCCCGUAAAGUCACCUGUGGUCUGUUCUCAACGUGGCUUGGCAGUGUGGGAAGAUCGCAGGAUUUACGCCGCUUUUUACAGUGUGCGUAUGCUGGUGUAUGUGCUGCGUCCACAAGGUGAUCCGUCCAGGCAAUACUUCUCAUAUUCGAGGAGGAUCACGUCUUUCCUUGCCAACAACUGCACGAGACGUCGACGGAGCCUUGGGUUACAAUGGUAUACCACAUAAAUUGCUCGAUGUAAGCCUGAAAGCUAAGCUCUCUUGAAUCAGGAUCUAAGGACAAGACACGCUUCUAAAAGCCAGAUAUUGUACCGUAUAUCCAGAGAGGAAAUACAGCUCGGCAUUCAUUUGAAGAAGCCAAAGAAUUUUUUACCACGGCCUCUAACCUGUUGACGUCGCGCGAUAACAAAGAAACCAUAGUGAAGAAGUAACUACUUGGACAGCUCUCGGAACGCGAACACCCAAGGAGCAUUUUUUCGACAUCAUCGACUGAAUUCAUCGCAUUUCGAGCCCUACCUGUGGGACCAUACCAAGCUUACCACAUCGCAUGAAUAUCCCAGUGCAUUCCUACAAACCGGUCUUCAGAAAAACAGGGAAGAAAAUAGCCUUACAGUUUCCAACUGGAACAACCGAUCCGUUCUACAAGGACACUUUUUCUGAGGAACCCGAAGCCUCAUCCAAGUCGCCACGAGACUGCGCUGCUGUAGCUUUCUGACGCCAGGAGACAUUAAUGGAACUUGGUCCAGUAUCCACCAUGAUGUAUGGGGACAGGUGGUCCGAUUGUACCUACGUUCCCGAUGGCAUGUCCAUGCAGCCCAGUACAUGCGGCAGCGUACCAGACCCUCCCCUUUUGGAUGAUAACCUGGAUUACCGUCCGCAGCAGAUCGUCGGCAACGGACUUUCUCCUGGAGGUGUCGGGGAACUCUGUGGGCCUCCGGCCUGGACGGGACAUCAUGGGAACCCUGCCGGUGCGGCUGGCCUGGGUCAGGACCUGGGGCCUUCGUUCUAUUACGGUGGCAUGUGCUCGGAAGGACCAUACAGAUGGCUGCAUCCAUCGGCAGACAUGCUCUCCUACGGCGCACUCGCCCUGGGAACGAUGGGUGCCGGCAUGGAUCAGCUGCCCAGCCACCUCCAGGGUUCGGUGUGUCCCCCGGGCCACCAGGACCAGUCUCCGAUGCUGUCGGAAGGGGACCUCGGAGACCCCCCGGCCGUGGCCGCCUCGCCCCACCAGGACUCCCCCGCCCUGCCCACCGGAAGCACGCCGCUGAUGACCCCGUCCUCCGUGUCCCCCGGUUCCAUGAGGCCGCUUCUUGGACCUGCAAGUCCGAACGACUCGGAGUCCUCGAAGCCCUCCGUGGACCUGGCCGUGGACGACUCGAACAGCGAAGACGAGGACGGUUCGGAUAUCAAGGGCGACGACCCAUCAGGGUCGCAGUUGGGGUGCAGGGACCCUUCCGGGGGUCCAGGUCCCGGUGGCUCUCAGCCGCAGAAAAAGCGCAAACGGCGGGUCCUCUUCUCCAAGGCGCAGACCUACGAGCUGGAGCGCCGCUUCCGACAGCAACGGUACCUGUCGGCCCCAGAGCGCGAGCACCUCGCUUCCAUCAUCCGACUGACACCAACCCAGGUGAAAAUCUGGUUCCAGAACCAUCGCUACAAGACGAAACGUGCAAGACAAGAGAAAGGACUCGACGGUACGGGGGGCAACCCCCUCCCAUCGCCGCGUCGUGUCGCUGUCCCAGUCCUCGUUCGAGACGGCAAGCCCUGUCAACCGACGUCUAGCCUCAAGUCGGAGGUCGGGCCUCCUGUUCCUUUCCCUGGAGACUUGGGUCCGUCGGCGGUCGCAACCUGCAUGGCGUCGUUUGGCAGCAACGUCAUGCCCACGUAUACACAUCCCCUCAUGCAGCCUCAACAUCGAUGGUGGGGAAUGAAUUUAAACUGACGUCCUCGCUUUGAGACUGCCUAAAAAAUGAGUCUAUCGAAUUCCGUACAAGUCAGCAUCGAUGGAAGUGAACCUGUGCUUGUAGAUUCAGCCCUGGUCUGGUUUGCUGAAACAACACUUGUGACUCUUUGACAAAGAGUAACGGUCAUCUGCUCCCGCGAGGUCAACUGGAGGCACUCGUUUUCAUGUUCUUGCUGUCUACGCACGUGUUCUGUACGUCAUGCCAGGCUCUAUACCAGGGCUCAAGACGUCACCUGCAGACUGAAAAAAAAACGUUACCACAUGAACUUUCUGCCCUCGUGUCAUAGUGUCAUCGCACCGCAGUGCUAACCAUGGGGAUUCUCAGAGAUACCCGCGUCUCUGCAAUUGUUCAGCAUCGAGAGACAAGCGCACAAACAGUCAUCAAAUGAGCCAUUUCCUCGUGCUUAACGAGCGUCUUCAAUUAUCGUUAACUUUAGAAAAUCCGCUGACCCCUAUCUGGUGGAGUGGUGGAGAUCAGUAAUGCAGGUGGCAGUGCAACAAAUCAGUGGUGUGUAAAUGUCCAAAUACCCCUAAAGGACACCUUGUUAAAAUGCUGCCACUCAAAUGGCCGCAUGGUGGACGAUGGUGCAUGAGAAUUUUAUUUGGAGACAGCUCAAGACAGCGCUAAGCAACAUCAUUGCAACUCACUCAUCGAACCGUGAACUACCCGAGUGACCGUUACACCAGGGCCAUGUGCACAACGCACGCAGGAAGGCAUGAACAGUGAACCAAGAAGGCCAUCAACGCACGUUGGAGACUGAGACUAUGGUACUUGUUGCUAUGCCGUGCUUGCCGACGUCCACUACGCUGCGGUCGCGCUUUGCGCACGAGACUGUUUCUGUUCCUUAGCGGUGCUUAUGCACGUUCGUUGAACAGUGCCUUAGUCAUGACGUUGACUUGCGUAGGGGCGCUUUCUGACCUUGAUGGCAAUGUGCAUUUACGACUUCAGGAGUGUCUGCCGUCGUUGGGUGUCCGUUUACCUCGCAUCCUUCAGUAGAAUUAGUUGUAUUGCGUCAAAUUGAAAACACUGGGUUUGUGUCAUUGCUUUCCUGUCAUUUGCAUUGUCAUUGUGGACGCACGUACGAACUGUUGAGUUGGACCGCGACAUGGAAUUUAUAUUAAGCCUCACCGGCCCAAACAAGCGCUUCACGAGCAUUAUGGGCGUGCGCGGAAACGCGGGUUAAGAAACUAAAACGAAUUAUUCGAUCGAAUUCUUUUCCCCUCUAAUGUAGUCACUGACAUGGUGACAACGGUAGGGAGGAACUUCAGUUGUCCCGCCUCCAGCGCGAGCUUCCUGCCUUCAGCAAGGCAUCGGCGUCUCGUGCCCCUCGAUCGCCCGUACGCAGCCAAAGCACGGCAGAAAGCAUAGAGCCAUAGCCUCCUAUAUACUGAUAAAGCCUGGCAGAUCGCCACGAGAAGUGGCCGCCGAAAUGGAACAGAUGGAGCUGCAGCCAGCGGAUGAGAGGAGAGCAACGUGACUGGCGCCCCGCUCCGGCGAGGCGCCGAAACACACUUCUCCCGACCGAAGACGUGUGUUUCGGGUCCUCGCCGCUGCAAAAGCUGUGCGCUGACGUCCAGGUUCCCCGAGAAAUGGCUUUUUGAUGCUCUGUGCUACCAGAUCCUCGCGCUCCAUAUCCGCGACCGGGCACUCUAUGGCUUUGUCGUCAAACUGCCAGGCUUUGUGAGUAGAGAGGAGGCUAUGGAAAGACACUCCCUGCCUUUUCCAUUCUGUCAGCGACUAUAAAAGAGUACCACACGACAUUAAGGGCGAGCAUUGUAACUCUCGGGGUUUCCUAUUUCCCCGCCAAUAGUGGAUUGGGCCGCACAAAUACGGUACUUAAAAUAUCUUCUGACGCGACUGAAAGUUAUUCUUCGUUACAAAAACAAACAACAAAAACAAACGAGGAAUCACUUUCUGAAUUACGUUAGGCUCUCUUGUCCUGCCAGUGUAAAUAAGAAAAAUAAGGCCCGCCUUGGGCCCCUUGUAGUCACUCCAUUUCAAUGACGACGUUGUAUACAGUUUCGGUGUACAUACAUGAUUGCCGAUGCGUCUAGAGACAAAAAGACAUAUAUAUAUAGAUAUAAAGCGCUAAAUAUAUCAAGAUAUGAAUCUAUAUAUAUAUACGUAUAAGCAUCGUGUACAAUCGCUAUGUGUACAUACGAAGAAGCGUGUGUUUGAGACGCUGCAGAGACUAUUGACCCUGUGGUCACAGACAUCUUAAGAAACGCAAGUCGUGGCUGAGUGUGUUCGCCCUCCUUUCUUCGUGAUUGGUCGUUAUUAUUUGCUAAUGCAACAAUCUCAUUGGCUGCAAAGCGAUGAUAGUAUUCUCAGCCACGCCAUGCGUUCCUGAAGCUGUCGGUGACAAUAGUGGAACUUCAUCCCAGCUGUAACUUCCAUGUUUUCCCAACUCACUAGUUUCUUUCUUUAUAUAUAGGUGAACAAAACACAGUAACAUGCAUUUAUGGUACGGUACGCAGGAGAGAGAGGCAUAGAAAUGUCUCACACAAACGAACAGGUUACAUAUAUAGACGAAGAAAGAGCGGCAUUUAUGUUCAGCUAUGAUUUGACUAAAGCCUGACUUGUAUCUCUGGUUCUACUUGCGGACUCUCAGUGCAUUCGUAGAAUUAACGGCAGCUAGCUUUCAUAAACUUGUUUCGAAUCCUUGCAUGUACAUCCCGAGCCUAGCUUUCGAGAUUAUCAAAAGGAACACGUGGUUCAGCUCCGGGCUGUACAGUGGUUCCUAUAGUCAAUGUUUCUUUUCUUUUUUUUUUAAGUACAGUUUUGCUUGUGCUCAUAGCUUUGAUUCAUGUUCAUCUAGUCUUCAACGUCGCCAUGGGUGUUCUCACAUCAUCUUUCAUGCAUCGGUUUUUUCUGGAAAUUGUUCGCGUUGUUGACAAGUCUCGUGUUUUAUUUUUGUUGAACGAAGGUAAAUAAAAAACGGUGUCAAACUGCCACUUUUUGCCGGCAUUCGUUUUGCUGGGAGAAAACAAAAAAGCUUGCUACAUUGCACAGCUCCUAUUGUCACCUUUAUUUUCUGUUGUUGUGUACAUAAUAAAUGGAAAUGUGCAUCACCCUUUCAA